AUGUUGACAAAUCCAGCAAAUUAUUCGGCGCCCCCAGUUGCAAUCCCUCCUGCCUCGGCCCCUGUUGUCAGAGGAAGCAUUACAAAGUUACCAGCAAUACAUACAGCUCCUACUCCUCGGAAAACACUCACUGAUAAUGAUCGAAGACGCAUGUGUCAAUAUCAUGAAGAAAAUCCGUCUGUGAAACAAACGGAGAUAGGAGCAAUGUUUGGUGUUGAAAGAAGUACUGUGUCGAAAGUUCUCCGACAAAGAGAGAAGUACCUGUAUCCAGAAGACAGGAGUUUGUCACCAGUGAAGCGAUCCAAGGGGAAAUUUCCUGAUAUUGAACGAGCGCUUUCAAACUGGGUCAGAAAUAACCAGAAAAAGGGUAUUCCCUUAACAGAUGCUACUAUUAAGGAGAAGGCUCGUUUCUUUGCUACUACUGUUGGUAAUGAUGAGAGUCAUUUGAAGACAAAUAGCUCAAGUUGGCUUGAAAAGUUCAAGCAGAAGAAUGGCAUCGGAUCAGGAAGGCUGUCACGAAGAGCUUCAGAGACAAAUAUUUCGGAUAGUGGAUCACUUGCUCCGGAUUCAGCAGGACCCUCAGCUUCUCAGACGCCUAACGGGAUAUCUCCUACUUCUCCUGGGGCACUGCCUUCGCCCUCGCCGUUGUCUGCGACUAAAAGUAGUGACGAUCUAAGAUCCGAAAGCCUUAAUGGAUACAUCGAUUUUGGCCAGGGAAAUGGUGGCUACAAGCACUCAAACUCUCAGAGUACGACUUCACUGUCUAGUAAUUUUACAGACCCCCAACCAUCGUUCUCAGGAGGCCCUACCAGUCCAUCCACUCCAUUUGCUUUCUCACCGGAUAACAACUCUGCUUCCUGGCUACCAUCGCAGCAAGCGCGACUCCCGCCCGCGGGGAAUAAUUUCCAGAGGCCACGAAGUCAGACAUUUCCAAUGCUUGGUAUCGAUCCAUCUUUCAUUUCGUCCCAGUCUGAGCCCCUGACACCCAAAUACAACCUGCCUGGGACAGAACCAUCUUCAGCGAUAGAAUCUCCAAUCCACGAGAUGCCUCCCUUCGGAAUGGACUCUGCGAUUUCCUCGCCUCCACUGCACCAUAGCAGCAGCAAUGGGUCCAUGGCGCCUCCCUCAUCCAGUACGCCGAUCACAGGCCUACAAUCACCACCGGGGUCCUCAGCGCCUAGCUCUCCUACGCAAGACGACGCACGACGAGCCCUCGAUACGUUACUCAACUUUUUCCAACAGGCCCCAAAUGGCCUAGUAGACCAAAACGAGUACAUGACCGUCUUGAAGCUGACCGAAAAGCUGCGACUUCAAGGAGGCGGACCCCAAACCCUUCCAGGCGGUCUUCAUCGAAUCGUAGAACAAGACCCAGAGAUCCAUCAUGUGCCGGCGCCCAAGAUGGAACAGUCCAUGAGUGCAGGCUGCUAA